AUGUAACCACGCUAGGAUGUGACGCUACGACGGGGGCGCUUGUGACUUGCGAAAUGGAGAUAGGAGCUGUCCGUGAAAACAAGCCUCCUUGUUUGAGGAUUUUGUUCUCCGGUGUUUCAGAAAUAUCGACGGGCAGGAAAACGGCGACAGCAGCCGGCCGGACAUCACCGCAGCAGCCCGCACAGACCUUAUGAAAUGCAGCACUCGGUAGGAUGAUCAGACAUCACGAAGAAGAUGAGUUUGUUGCGGUGCGGGUCCAGGAUCCCCGCAUUCAGAACGAAGGCUCCUGGAAUUCAUAUGUAGAUUUUAAGAUAUUCCUGCAUACCAACAGUAAAGCCUUCACAGCUAAGACGUCCUGUGUGCGGCGGCGCUACAGCGAGUUCGUCUGGCUCAGAAAGAAGCUGCAGAAGAAUGCAGGUUUGGUACCAGUCCCAGACCUCCCAGGAAAAUCCCUCUUCUCCUUCAGCAAUGAGGACUUCCUGGAGAGGAGGAGGAAAGGACUCCAGGUCUUCUUGGACAAGGUGGUGCACACGACGGUUUGCCUCUCGGACAGCCAGCUCCACCUCUUCCUGCAGACCCAGCUGCCGGUCGGCCACAUCCAGGACUGCGUUCAGGGACACACUCCCUACUCCGUGACGGACGCCAUCCUCACCUACGCCUCGUCCAAUCGGGGGCUGGCUCAGGCUCAGGAGGACGAUUCCAUCAAGGAGCCCAGUUUGACCGUUUCUUAUGAGUCCAUGGAAAGCCCAGCUCCUCAUCAACCUUCUACGCAAACUAACGAGACCUUCAGCCCUCAGCUUCUGUCCUGUGGAGACUCCGAACCUCUGGAAGGUUUAACGGAGCUCAGUGAGCAGGAGUCGGUGGAAAUACUGCAAAAGAAGAACUCCUCAAUAAGGAUCUCCCAGAAGAGCAACCAUCUGGAGGCCGUCAUCGAGGACUGUCAGCCAUCAGAGGCGGCUUUUUAUCUGGGGGAGAGUCCCAGCUCUGCAGAAGGCACCCAGCACAGGAGCUGCCAGAUCCAGACACCGGUGGAGGUACACUCGCCCAUGGGGUCUGGAUUUGACUGUGGGGUUGAGGAGGAGGUGGAGCAUCCCGACACCCAAGAAAAUAGAAGGAGAGAAAGUGACAAUAAUGAGCCUGAAAAAUGUGCGAACUCUGUAGUGAUUUUAGAUUUAAAGGACAGUAACUCUGAGGAACAAGUUGCAGAAAGCAGCUCUCAGGAGGAGGAAGUUCUGGAGGACCUCUGCUCUGAGAAUCAGAUUUUAGGAAAUCAUGUAAUCUCUGCGGUUAAUGAGGGUCACGCUGCAGAUGUCGACGACAAAACAAAUGAAGAAUCAGGAAACAACGAGGAGAUGCCACUUCAGCCAGAAAGCCAUGACGGCGCCCACAAUGUGAACGAUGUGCCAGAGGUGAUGCGAGAUGGUGACGACAAGCUUCCAGGAAUAAGAGAUAAGCAGGAGCUGGAUUUGAUGGGGACCAAAGACGAGAGCGACGAGGAUUCGCUGCCAUCCUCCAACGAGAGCAUUGUGAAAGUCAGCGAUGAGGAAAGCCUCCACGAGGACACCGAGUACUCUGUCCAGGCCGCUAACGGCUUCAUGAAGGCGUCUCCUGAGGACGUGGCUCACUGGUCAGCCGUGGAGGCCUCCAGCAGGAACAUUUUAGACCUCCAGAUGAACGGAUGUCCUGAAGAAAAAGAGGACAUUCCAGGGCAGGACGACCUGGAUAACCUGCAGUACGUGACCAACAUCGGCAGCCUGAGCAAAUCCCUGGACGUUCACUCGACCGUAACUGACGGAGAUUUGACUGAAAACAGUGAUAUUAGCAUCUUAGAGACCAGCUGUGUGCCUGGAUUAGCGGAUAGUAAGUUUACAGAGCAGGAAGCCCUGUCCUCGCUGUCUCUGGACGCCUCAGAGGAGACUCAGGAGGUGGAGUUGCGUUAGUCUGAUGGAUUCCGCUGCAACAAUGAAUCGUGAGAGUCGUCCUCUGCCAAAGACGCAUUCAAUCACACAGACAAGGUACAGACUGGAGGUCAUGUAAACUCUGCUCGCUGUAUACACAAAGUGGUUUAACAGGUCUGUUAGUGGCAAACUAUAUUUUAAAAGCACCGUAUUUACAUCUUAGCCUCACACUGUCAGUCAUGUUGUUGCUAUUGCAUUUUAAAUAUACAGCUAAUGUUAAACUAUAUUUUAAUUUACACUCAGGUACAUAACAUAAAUAUCGGGCACUGGUUUAUAUCCUCUGACUGACUUGAGUUACCUUUUGUGAACAGCAGAGGGCGCUGACGUUCACAGAAGCUUCAUUUAAGAUAAAAUAAUCCUUUAUUGAUUGGGAAAUUCAAGUGUUGCAGCAGCACAGGGCAAAUACAAGGAUACCAGGGUAGUAGCAUGCAUUGGGUCCAAGAAUUACACAGUUUUAGGACAAACCAAGGGUCACGUAUAAUAAAAGAAAAGGGGAAACAAUAUUUCUCUGAUAUUUCAGUUUUGUGAGCUAAAGAUGAAGUAAAACGAACAUGUUUGGCUCAUUUUUUUUCCUGAGAUUAUUCUAAAAACCAAACACUUGACGGACAAAUUAUGACUGGAAUAUACACUAAAAUUAAAGGGUAAGUUCACAUUUGUUUACAGUCUAUUUUAACACAGGACUCCAUGAACGUUAGGGUUGAAACAAUUAAUCGAUUGGUCAUCUUCUACUAAAUUAAUCUCCAACUAUUUAGAAAUUUAAUUACCUGAUCUGAGUCUUUUUUUUAAGAAAAAAAGUCGAUUCCAGCUUCCUAAAAUUGAAUAUUGUCUGGUUCUUUAUGACAUUAAAUUCAUUUCCCAACUCAAACAACUAAUUGAAUAUUUGAAAAUAUAACAAAUUAGUUGCAGUCCUCCUGAUCAUCAAGCAGUACUUUCCUGAUGUGAUUUUAAAAAAAGAAACUUAGAAAAUGGACAUUCUUCAGUAGACAAAUCAUGUGGGUAUUUUCAGAACUUCUUGUCUGUUUAGUCCCACUUUAACUCCCUUUAAAAAACUCAGUAUUUCUUUGCCGAGCUGCAGUGAAAAGACAGGAAAAAAAAAAAAAGACUCCACUUGAUUUGUCUACGUCAGACAAAAUCACUCUGAAUUGACUAUCGCAGACGGAAGGAACAAUUAAAGCAACCGAAAACCGUUUCACUGUACAUUCGGGUGCAUUUCCUUCAAAACGGACUCCUAAAAAUGAACCCAUCUUUAAAACCACUGGAGACUGUGCACGGCUAUUCCUGUUUUCACGUCCUCACUCAUGUAAAUCAUGAUUAUUUUAGUCAAAAACUGUGUCUGAAUGUUGUUAGAAGUUAAAGAAACAGCCGGUGUAGAGUUGCUGCUCAAUAAUCCUGCUACAAAAGACACGUCUCACUUGUCUGUGCCUGUUUGUGUUGCAGCAUUUAAUGAAUCACAGGUGAAAGUCGCCACUACAGGAUGUAAAGCUUCGACUAGAGAACUAUCACAGAUGGACUUAGAUAUUUAGACCGAAGCCAAGCAGACACAUAGGUGACCUCUUUGCACACACAGCAGCAUUAUAUUUAUGAACAGAUCUGAGAUUUGAACAACAGCAGCGUGACUUGAAGUGGUUAAUUUACUCCGGAACCGCCGUGCAGGAGACACUUGAGGCUUGUGACCUUGAUUCUGAUGUGCACUGUUGUAAUAUGUGCAGUUGUUUUACUGGAUUUCAUUUCUUCAUCUGGCCUCCCUGAUGAGAAAAGGGAUGAAUCACACAGCGCUGCCUCUUUUCUAACCAAGUUCGGUUCAUUAAGACGAGCACUGUUUGUUUACUUUUUUCCCGGAUCUGUGAGCCUUAAGUCCAACUGGUGCAACACAUGUGUAAUAUGGCUGCAAAUGUUUCCACACUACUGCUGUUUGUGCUUCUAAUUACUUUUCAAAAGGGACCCAGAGGUUUUAUUGUGGUGUUUAAAUGUCAGAAUUACACUUUUUUUUGUCUUAGUGUGGCGAUAGUGUCAGACCUACUGCAGCAGGUGGAUUGUAACCUACUGGGUUUUGUUUUCUUUCUACACUGUAAAGGACUGCAGGUGUAUUUUUUUGUUUCUUUGAAAAAGUUUUCUUUUUUAAAAGGAAUGUUUUAAAGCAAAAACCCCCCUUUCAAAUGAGACCUCCCUUUUAAAACAUGGAUCUACAAGGGUAACGCUGACAUCCUGAGUGAUGCAUCCAUGUAAAUAUGCAAAUUGUAACCUUAUUUUAUUUCAAAUAAACAGGUUUUCUUCCGUA